CGCUUGUGGGUGCUGCAUCUUCCGUUGUCACCAGCAUCUGGGUCCAAAGAACUUAAAUCACUGACGAAGAUUCAAUCUGGAUUUAAAAUUCAACAGGAAGUGUUUGGAAGACUUUAAAGAGGCGUUCAAGCAGCGAGGCUCAGGUUAUCGAUAUGUAUACUUUAAGGAAAAACAAAAAUCCUUGGGGGCUUUAUGAGACAGAAAUACCACACAGCAGGCUCUGCGAUCCAGCCAGUGGAGUCAGUCCUGCAGAAAAACUGACCCCCGAGCACCUGCAGCUCCUGAGAAAUGCGUUUAUCUGUCCAAAAGCUGGACCACAGAUCCACGAAGACAGGCCAAAAGGAAGUAGAGGAAGGAACAGAGGAAAUGAAGAGCAUGGAAUGAAGUUCCAAGAGUUUCAGGAGGUUUUGAGGUCUGUGAUUGGUCCAGAUGUUGAGGACACAUGGGUUGAAAGGUUCUUUGGUGAGGUGGACAUCAGCUGUACCGGGCAGGUAAAGUGGCAGCAGCUUUGUUCCUACCUGCUUCUGGAGUACACUGAGAGAGAGCGGGCCUCCAUCCCCAGAGCGGCUCUCCUGGUCUCCCAGCCGCAGAUCAGACACUGCUCUCACAACAAGCGGGAGCCAACAGUGCGUGUGGUUGCGGUCUCUCACCCUCCUCCACUCCGCUACAUUAGUGUCAGUAAGGGAGGUCAGAUCACUGUCUGGAACAGCAGCCUACACAUCCUCAAAACUCUCAGGCUUGCCGGAGACCCAACAGAGGAAGUGGCCAACACCAGGAGGUUCAGAGGCUGGACCACUGAUGCUGUCUCUAUGGGCAACGUCCACAAGGUUGCCAUAGCGACCGACUGCAGGGACUUGCACUUCGUCAACGUCUCCACGGGCAAUGUAUUCGAGGAUGUCCACCUCUUUGGCUUUCGUAGUGUCCCAACCGCUCUUUGUUACUGGCAUGAUGCUCAGUGUCCAGAACGACCCUCUCUGCUGCUACUGGGGGAUGAAAAAGGAGGAGUCCACCUCAUGUGGUUCCUGAAUCCAUCUAAAGGUCUUUUCAAGAAUGUGGCCAUCAAAGAGAACGAUCCACAGAGGAUCUUUUUCCCAGACCUUGGUGAACACAGCAACAUGGUCUCGUACCGUCACAUCCCGAACAUCCACCAGGAACCAAUCAACAGAGUGAUGUUUGAGCCCAGCGCCAACGUCAUCAUGACAUCAUCAGAAAGUGACACCACCUCUGUGGUCUUUAUGAAUGUGACACUAAAGCAGGAGCCUUACAUUUGGAAAUUUAAGCAGGGCGCUAAAUGUUUUGACUACAAUGCGUCUCUGCAGUUGAUGGUUACAGGAGGUUGUGACCGAGCAGUCAGACUAUGGACUCGAUUUGUGACCACACGUCCCGUAGCUACGCUGCUGGGUCACCGCACCACUGUGUUGGAUGUUGCAAUCUACCAACCUGUUGGGCAGAUCUUCAGCUACUCCAGAGAUGCCGAGCUGAAGGUUUGGGACAUUUCCAGCCAUCACUGUCUGAAAACCGUCUGCCUGCAGUUUCCCUGCAAGCAGCCAGGUCGAAUCCCAGAACAUGGCAACUUCCCCUUUCUGUUGCUGAGCCCUCCUCUUCCUGAGCAGACCCAGGCUCAUUUGGUGGUGGGAUGCAAAGAUCACCUGGCAGUGCUCUACCUGGCUGAAACGAGAAGAGGAUGGGGCGGGCGGUUGACGGACGAAGGAAGGGAACCUGGACCAAACCAUCAAAGUGGUCCAGCCCUCAGCUGUGCUCUGUACAACUCUUCUCUGAGACAGGUGGUGACUGGACAUGCCGACUCGUCUGUGUCUCUGUGGGACGUGGAGACGGGGAGGAGGCCGCUUCAGAUCCAAAACGCUCAUGGAGAAAAUGAGCUCACCUGCAUGACACUAGACUCCUCCCACAGAAGACUGAUCACUGGGGCUCGCAAUGGCACUAUAAAGGUGUGGAACUUACUAAAUGGCCUCAACUUGCACAAACUGGAGCCCGUCACCAACUCUGAGGUCACCGGGUUGACCUGUCUCCACGACACCCAGCUGCUGUCCGUUGGGUGGAGCCAGCGGGUGGCUCAGUAUGACGUCGCAGCUGCUAAGGAUUUGUAUGUAAGAGCAGACAUGUCGUGGAAGUCCAGCGGUGUCCACAAGUCGGACAUUCUAGCCGUGUGUCAGUGCGCUGCUCUGGGGGUCGUUGCCACUGCGAGCCAUGACGGAGAGGUCAUUAUAUGGAGGCUGGAGACGCAAGGACCAGUGCUUUACCUUCAGAGGCCGACACAGGGAGGACCGCUGACCCCCGUGGACAGCCUCUUGUUCCUGCAGCAUCGAGCUGGCAACAGAAAGUUGAGGAACAGAGGCGUCCUGGUCUCAUCGCAGGCCGGCUGUCUCUGCUUUUGGAGCGUCACUGGACAGACGCACACUUAUGGUCAGUUCUAUGUUCCUGAGCAGCCAGGUGAGCGUGUGCUGAGCCUGAGCUCAGAUCAGCUUAUAAACACCACGCUGGUCACUGGGGACACAACGGGCUGGCUUGAGAUCUGGGACAUCUGUCACUACGCACUGGACAUCCAACACGAGCCAGUUUGUGAGCGGCCUCCUCUGCUGCAGCGUUGGAAGGCUCAUGAGAGAGCAUUAGUAAGCGUGGAAGUUCUCGAGGUGGCUGACCGUUUGUUCGUCCUCACAGCCUCAGCUGACGGCUCUGCUAGACUGUGGACAAAAGACGGAGACCACGUGGGGUCUUUCGGGCAGGAAAAGAUGUGGAAUAUUAGUGAGCCAGCUACUUACCAGAGGACGACACAAAAGACACUGAAAGAAGACACGAAGAAGAUGACUGAAAGUGACGAGAAGGGGCUCAGCAGGGUCAAAAGUAAAGUACCUUGCCCCACCAGCAGAGGUCAAACUUCACAGGAGGAAUGCUGUUCUGAAGCUUCACCCAUCAGUCUAGCAGAGAACGACCACGAUCGACCUCAGCAGCACACGUAUCUGUGUGAGGACUCUUGCCAGACGGCAGCUUGGUGUCACGAGAGGAGACAUCUGUUUGAUGACAUGUGCCACAACAAACACUGUUGAUUGGCUGUUUUUGCCCCAUCAGACUCUGCAGGUGACUUUCACACUGAUUACUGGAUCCUUUCCCUUCUCUCCUCCCGCCCGCUUUACCUGAUCGUUAAGUUCUGCUGGUGCCCAGUGACUGUGAAAACAAUUAAUUCAUCUAACUAUUCCUAACUUUUUAGGAAAGAAAGCAAAAUAUAGUGCAAAUGAACUAAUCAUACUGAAAUAAAUUUGGAUGAGAGGAUCAAUACCACUGUUAUGUUUGAACCGUAAAUACGAAGCUUGGUUUUACUGUGGGGUUAGGCAUCAGACUACUUCAUUAUUGUCUUGUCAUCAAUGGAAAGAUGCUCUGCAAACAGCGAAGACACCCAGAGGUGCUGGUUUGUAGAUGUUGUAACCUUUGGACAGAGCCAGGCUAGCUGUUUGCUAAUGUUAGCAAACUUUAGAUAGAUCGAGCGAGUCAGUUUGCUGUCUAAGAAGCUCCAUUUUAGCAUUUCCCUUUUAGCAUACCGAUAUACUGUUGAAGUGGCUUCUGUUUUGCAAAAUGUACAUAGUCUCUCUUUCAUUUCCAAAAUGCUCUGGUCUUUGCUACUGUCAUUACUGAUAGACAUUGUUUUUUAUUUUCAAUGCAUUAUCUAAAUACAAAAUAGGUUUAUGGACAUCCAGUAGCAGCCAGCAUAAAAAUUCUGGUCAGCAUACGCAACUAAAAAAGGCUUCAUCAAUUCUGGAGGAAUGUGAGGGCGCAGUUCCACUUCCUUUCAUCCCAGCUGUGGCUGUAGAGCUCCACGCUCAGGCUGAAGUUGUCCAGAAAAACAAAAUUGAUGGGAAGGGAUACUGCAAUUCUAUUUUAGACAAAUCUUACGGGGAAAAAACAGAUUUAUUUCAUUUCAAACCUCUUUCUUUUCUUGUUUUAUCUUAACUGAAAUCUUUCUCCUGACCACUCCAUCUGUUAAGCGCCAUCAUCAUCUCUCUGUUUACUUCUCCUCACUGUGACUUUGUCCCUUGUAUACUGUGUGUUGUGCUGCCACACUGUGCGUUUGUGGCCUGUGCAUUGCUAUAGCUGCCAAUUUAUGGUGACUGACCAGCUGAGAGUUCAGACAGGAAGUUCAAAAAAUAUUUCCAUCGAAUCAUCUGACUGCUUUAGAUGUUUGUUGAAGAAUGUCAGAAAUGCCUCCAUGAUCUGUAAACGCUGCUCCAUCUUCAUGAAAAGUGAGCUCCCUACCUCGUCAGAUAUAAACAAAGAUGCAGACAUGAAUGCUGUUUUUCUGCCAUGCUGUUUUUCAUAAAGUCAUGUUGAAACUGCAUAUUGAAUAUGUCUGUUUAAAUAUGUCAUGUUAAUACUGUGCUGGCAGUAUUUCACCUUCAAAACAGCCUGCACCACAUUGCAUUUAGUUUUUUUCGUAUUCUUUUUCAGUCAUGCCAAACUCACAUUUCCUGAUGUGUGGUCCAUCUCUUACUCAUCUCUUCUUUAAAAUAAUGGUUAUGCUGAGAGAUGGAUGAGAAGAUUGAUGAGAAGAUUUAAAUUACUCUCGUGUUUUUAGGCAAAAUAUGAGAUAUAGUCAGCAGUCAGUUUUUCUUAGCAUAAAGACAGGAAAUGGGGGAAACAGCAAGCCUGGCUCCAUCAAAAGGAAAACAAAUCUGCAUACCAGCAUCUCUAAAACUAUUUCCACAUUAUUUCUUAUUAGUUUAAUCCUUACAAAAACUGAAGUGUAAAAAUGACACGUCACGGUGUAUUACCCCCUGCUUCAAGCUAAGCUAAGUUAACUGUGAGCUAACUGGCUAUACCUGUUAGCUUCAUACUUAGUGCUCUUUGCUAUAUCUUGGAGGGUGGCGCAGUCACUUCCUGGAGUCUCGAUGUCACUAUAAGGUUGCCUGGCACCCAGCAAAGACCCCAGGAAGUUACUGACCCCCUCCAGGAAAUAGUCCCGCACAUAAUGUUAUAUUACCUUCUGACAGAGCUUAGCUAGCCCUUUCCCUGUUUCCAGUCUUUAGCCAGAGCUAAGCUAAGCUAAGGAUAUUCACCAAAAGGAUGAACAUACUGCUUUAAAAGUUGUGGCUAUGCAUCUUCACAAUACCCUUAUUGUUGUAUUUCUUUCAUCAGCCGUGUGAAAUGUCCUAAUAUCUGAGACUUGUUUUGAGUCAUUCAGACAGACAUCUGAGCCAUCUCCCCCAUUUAUCUCAACCCAACCCUGCACAUGAAUGCAUAAGGGUCUGCUGAAUUGCACAAAUUGGUGACGCAAGACUCAAUGCCCUAUUUUUUGCUUGGUUUCUUUCCAUACUCAAUUUUGCAACUUCUUUGCAAUGGCUUGGCUGCUCAUCCUGAAAAAAACAGGUUAUUUUAAGCACGUUUUAGCGUGGGAGGAAGUGAGCGCAGAGCCCUUUCUCCAGUUUGUUUCUCUGGGAUAAAUACAAACAGACACAGCCAGGACAAACAGGGCAAGUCAACUAGACUGCACUUUUGCCCCCCAGGCAAAAUAUAAUAUAAGACAACAUAGCAUUACUGAUUACUGAGAAAUGCCUUCUGUCUGCGGGGAGACAACAGAUAGAUUGGCAUUUAGUGGUUACAUGUUGAAAUUGUUAUCUUAACCAUUUUUUGUGCAGAAGAAUAAAAAGGAAAAAAGACAUUCAUACAUUUGUUGUAAUUUAGUUCUGGGAUUUUUUUUUGCCGUUAAGUCAAUCAAAUAUUCAUCUUCGAGAGACCGUGAACAACUGACAGGAAC